UCACCCCCACCCCCACCACUUCGGCACAGCUCAGGAUUUGUUUAAACCUUGGGAAACUGGUUCAGGUCCAGGUUUUGCUUUGAUCCUUUUCAAAAAAAAAAAAAACACACAAAAAAACUGGAGACACAGAAGAGGGCUCUAGGAAAAAGUUUUGGAUGGGAUUAUGUGGAAACUACCCUGCGAUUCUCUGCUGCCAGAGCAGGCUCGGAGCGUCCACCCCAGCGCAGCCUUCCCCUGGCGGCGGUGAGAGAGGCUCUGGAGUCGCUGCUUCCCAAGUGCCCGCCGGGAGUGAGCUCUCGCCCCAGUCAGCCAAAUGCUCCUCUUCAGGCUUCUCCUGCUGACAUCCGCCCUGGCCGGCCAGCCCGGGACGCAGGCUGAGUCCAACCCGAGUAGUAAAUUCCAGUUGUCCAGCACCAAGGAGCAGAACGGAGUACAAGCUCCCCAGCAUGAGAGAAUUAUUACUGUGUCCACUAAUGGAAGUAUUCACAGCCCAAAGUUUCCUCAUACUUAUCCAAGAAAUACAGUCUUGGUAUGGAGAUUAGUAGCAGCAGAGGAAAAUGUAUGGAUACAACUUACAUUUGAUGAAAGAUUUGGGCUUGAAGAACCAGAAGAUGACAUAUGCAAGUAUGAUUUCGUAGAAGUUGAGGACCCCAGUGACGGGACUAUAUUAGGGCGCUGGUGUGGUUCUGGGACUGUGCCAGGAAAACAGAUUUCUAAAGGAAAUCAAAUCAGGAUAAGAUUUGUAUCUGAUGAAUAUUUUCCUUCUGAGCCGGGGUUCUGCAUCCACUACAACAUUGUCAUGCCACAAGUCACAGAAGCUGUGAGCCCCUCAGUGCUGCCCCCUUCAGCUUUGCCGCUGGACCAGCUCAAUAACGCGGUCACUGCCUUCAGCACCUUGGAAGACCUUAUUCGCUAUCUUGAACCAGACAGAUGGCAGUUGGACUUAGAAGAUCUAUAUAGGCCAGGUUGGCAACUUCUUGGCAAGGCUUUUGUUUUUGGAAGAAAAUCCAGAGUGGUGGAUCUGAACCUUCUAAAAGAGGAGGUAAGGUUGUACAGCUGCACACCUCGUAACUUCUCAGUGUCCAUAAGGGAAGAACUAAAGAGAACCGAUACUAUUUUCUGGCCAGGUUGUCUCCUGGUUAAGCGCUGUGGUGGAAACUGUGCCUGUUGUCUCCACAAUUGCAAUGAGUGUCAAUGUGUCCCAAGCAAAGUGACUAAAAAAUACCAUGAGGUCCUUCAGUUGAGACCAAAGAUUGGUGUCAGGGGAUUGCAUAAAUCUCUCACUGACGUGGCCCUGGAGCACCAUGAGGAGUGUGACUGUGUGUGCAGAGGGAACGCCGGAGGAUAACGCAUCGCCACAUGCCGCCUUCGCCCGGCAGUGCAGCGCAGCGGCUGGCUCUGUUAUAGAACUGAUGCGUUACCGCCAUCCAUAAUCUCAGUUGUUUGCUUCAGGGACCUUUCAGCCUUCAGGAUUUACAGUGUGUUCUGAAAGAGGAGACACCAACCGGAAUUAGGAGUUGUGCAACAGCUCUCUUGAGAGGAGGCCCCAAUGACCGGGAAAAGGUCUCCGGGCAUGGAAAAAAUAUUAAAUGUUGUAGAUCACUAGCUAGUUACAGAGUUACCAUGCACUUACUCAGCUGGCUGUGUUCUGUUUCAGUUGUCUUGAUAUGACUUAGUUAAUGUCAGUACAGGAAGGAAAUGAGUGCAGAUGGGCACCUGAUUCUAUUGCCUUGCUUAUUAACUCUCAAGCUCCAUAUUCUGGGCCUAAAAAUCACAGAAAUCUAAGAAUUUUUCCCUUAUAGUCACAUGUAUAAACCAGAGUGUUCUAUGGCCUACAACCUUGGUUUUUGGGGAAAAAGGAACUAUGUUGCUAUAAAUCAAACUUAUGUCCUGUUGAUAAGAAAGACUGGAUUUUCCAUAUUUCUUAUAAAAUAUUUCUAUCAUUUAGAAGACACGAACUACAUUUCCUGGUGUGGAAGAGACAAACCUGAAAAGAAGAGUGGCCUUACCUUCACUUUAUCUAUAAGUUGGUUUAUUUGUUUUAUUGUGUACAUUUUUAUAUUCUCCUUUUGACAUUAUAACGGUUUGCUUUUCUAAUCUUGUUAAAUAUAUCUAUUUUUACCAAAGGUAUUUAAUAUUCCUUUUUUUAUGACAACCUAGAUCAACUAUUUUUAGCUUGGUAAAUUUUUCUAAACGGAAUUGUUAUAGCCAGAGGGACAAAGAUGAUAUGAAAUAUUGUUGCUCUGACAAAAAUACAUGUAUUUCACUCUUAGACGGUGCUAGAGCUUAGAUUAAUUUGCAUUUUAAAAUAUUGAAAUGGGAAAUAAAUAGAAUUUGGUAAAUUGUGAACACUUUUGAAAUACGUAAGUGAUCAUAUCCUCUGCUCCUGUUAUUGGAGAUGCAAAUAAAAAGUGACAUAGGGACAUAGGGAAAUAGAAAUCGGAUCCAUCAUUACUAACCCCGAACCCUUAUUGUGGGAAGCGCGAGCCUAGCUCAGAAGAACACGAAGCACCUUGAAAAAAGAGACUCGAUGGCUUCCUGCAAAGCUCUGCUGUCCUGUAGGAACACAUCCUAUUUAUUGCGAUGUUCUGGUUUUAUUCUCUUGAAACUCUGUUCCACACGCUUGUAUAAAUACAUGGAUAUUUUAAUGUACAGAAGUAUAUCCCUUAACCAAUUCACAUAUUGUACUCUCUGGCAAUUGAAAAGGAAAUCAGUAAAAUACUUGGCUUGUAAAUGCUUAAUAUUGUGCCUAGGUUAUGUGGUGGCUAUUUGAAUUAAAAAUGUAUUGAAUCACCAAAUAAAAGAAUGUGGCUAUUUUGGGGAGAAA